AUGCCUUCUGAUAAAACUUGUUGCGUUCCUGGGUGUUUGGAGAUGAGCAACGGAGCCGAAAUGGUGGCCUAUUACCACAAACAGUGGUCGCUCAUGAGAAAGAAACUGCAUCACCAGAGCCUACAACUGCGCCGGCUGCGGAAGAGAGUCGAAACUUUAGAAGGGCGCUCAAGAGAGGGCGCUGGAAAGACU